AUGAGGGUUCCCUGGAUUAUUCGAGCUCAGGACAGAACGAUCAAGGUUGUGUGUAAUGGCCAACUGGGCAAAAAUGUCCGUGUUAAGUGCUACACGGAUGACACCAUCGGGGACCUCAAGAAGCUGAUCAUGGCCCAGAUGGGCACCUGUUGGGACAAGAUCAUGCUGAAGAAGUGGAACACGGUUUUCAAGGACCACGUGUCUCUGGGGGACUAUGAAAUCCAUGAUGGAAUGAACUUGGAACUUUAUUACCAAUAG